GAGAGAGAGAGAAGGCGAGAGAAAGUGGCCAAGCAAAAGGGUCUACUUUGAUACUCGUAUGGUUCUGUGACACAUAUAUAGGUUAGAAAGCAAAGAGACAGUGUGUAGCAGAGGAAGGAGAUUCUUCUCUUUGAGGCGGAUUCCAACUUGUACGCAAAAAAUAACAAAAAAGAAAAGAGUAAGCAAUCAACGAGAGUGAGUGAGAGAGCGAGCGAGCAAUGGAAGUAGAGAGUGAAACAAGACAAUCAAAGUUCAGGAGGAUUUGUGUAUUCUGUGGGAGUAGCCAAGGCAAGAAGAGUAGCUAUCAGGAUGCCGCCAUUGAGCUUGGCAAGGAGUUGGUCGCCAGGAAUAUUGAUCUGGUCUAUGGAGGAGGCAGCGUAGGUUUAAUGGGUUUGGUUUCACAGGCUGUUCAUGAUGGUGGUCGGCAUGUUAUUGGAGUUAUUCCUAAGACGCUCAUGCCUCGAGAGAUAACUGGUGAAACAGUGGGGGAAUUAAAGACAGUUGCAGAUAUGCACCAAAGGAAGGCAGAGAUGGCUAGGCAUUCCGAUGCCUUUAUUGCCUUACCAGGUGGUUAUGGGACUUUGGAAGAGCUACUUGAAGUGAUAACCUGGGCUCAACUUGGAAUUCACGAUAAACCGGUGGGAUUGCUGAAUGUUGAUGGAUAUUAUAAUUCACUCCUGUCAUUUAUUGACAAAGCAGUGGAAGAAGGAUUUAUUAGUCCCAAUGCCCGCCAAAUAAUUGUAUCUGCACCAACACCGAAGGAAUUGGUGAAGAAAUUGGAGGAAUACGUGCCCUGUCAUGAAAGAGUUGCUUCAAAGUCGAGUUGGGAGAUGGAGCAGCUUGGCUACUCUCAAAGAUAUCUCUAGGUGAUGUAGGGCUUACUGCAUUAAUGAGGAGGUGGAUGGAAUUUUGGAGGUAGAAGCUGAAGAUGUGAAGAAGCUCAAUCUCUGUUAUGGGGAAUUUAUUUUUUGUUUAUUUUUUUUUUUUUGUAAAUUACUGCAAUUGACCACAACAUGUGAAGCUUCAGUAUUCUUCCUUUUUCCCCCUUUUGGUACUCUGAUUUCCUCCCAAGUAGUUAAGUAGUAUAGGCUUAUGCCUUUGAUAUUUCCCCUUGAAAAUGUUAAUUGGUUAUCUAAUCAAUUGAUUAAUAU